AUGGAUAUCCUCCACGAGACAGCCGGCGCUGUCCGGUUACGAGAAGCCCAAAAUGUUACCUCAGCCUCAGAAGACAUUACGUUCAUGGAGAGCGACGAAUUUGACAGCUCCGAGGACGACUAUGAUAGUGAAACCAGGUCCUAUUGCAAGUGCAAACCUACUUUGAUUGAGAGAAAAUUCUUGCUAGAUGAUGGUACAAACCAGACUGUCAAAAUUAAGAUUUCAAUAUCGCCGCGUGUUUGGCGAGAUGAUAUAACGGUCAAGUGCACCCACGAGGGCAAGGCGAUCGGGCAUGCUGUUGCUCGAUUUAUCUACCGGGGAAUCAUCACAAAGGACUUUUGGGAGAAAAUGCAGGGAUGUUCCCAGGAUAUAGGAGAAAUAGCAUGGACAAUCUUCGACCGGUACGGUUUCCUCAAGGAUAAGUUCAAGUCGCAUACCGUGCACCGGGGGACAGGUGUAUGGGGUUCUGAGCUUGACGACGGUCACCUCCUGGUUUUUGAAAAGAUAUUCAUUACGGACGUUGAAUGGCGAAGGAGAGGUGUAGGGCGCGCAAUGGUCAGAGAGCUCCUCGUGGUCGGCGAGAAGCGUGUGGAUGACGCAAAGCCACGGAAUAUGUCACCUGGUCUCAUAGCUCUGGAAUUCGGCUCCAUUACACAGUUUCAGAGGGUGACUACGGCUCAUGCGAUUGUAAUACCUGGAUGGCUUACUGAGGAUGUCGACCCUCGAUAUACUGACAAAACAAAGCGCCAGAAAAAUGAAGUCAAGCUCCAAGCAAACCACGUCGCUGCUUCAUUUUAUAGAUCUCUCGGAUUUCGACGUAUCGGCUCCUCACCGUGUUUUGCUUAUUCAUUCCAUCCAAAUCAUCAAUCCCGAUCGGUCUCCCCCGAUAGGGACUUUGAUCCUCAGAUUGAGCCUUUGGACGACCGGGAGGACGAGCCGGGAGGGGCCGAUUAUAUCAUUCCAUAUGGAGUAGAGGUUCAGCAAGGCCAGAGUACUUUGUCCACUCUGCGAAAGGAAUUCCCGCUACACCACGCUGCAACUACACUUUCGGAUCUAGAGUGCGUGGAGUACCUCAAGAAAGCCGCAGUCGAGAAUGGCAUUGGCUUGACUAUGGUGGACCGCACAAACAGGACCAUUUUGCACACCCUUGCACGCAGAUUGAAAACGAAAAGCAUAACGUGGCUUCUGGCGAACGUCGACUUGGCAGUGUCAUGGAAGGCGGCGCGUGACAUGAAUGGAGAUACCCCUCUGGAUGUGCUGAGAGAAUUUCUCGAAGACAUACGAACCAAAAGACACCUGUUUAUGGGAAACCUGCAUGUGUCGGAUGAAUUUCAGGGGUUUCCUUCUCCCGCAGUAGAGUGCCUCUCCUUGCUUGGUAUGCAUCCUCCCAGUGGUGAAGAUCCCAACGUUUUCAACUCUCGCCUCAUGUACGGAUGCACUUGUGGUCAGUGUAUUAGAGGGUUUCUCUCCCCACGGAUGAAGCUGGCCUUGCUGGACCAAGCCAGCACGAUCUUUGAUUUUCUGUCAGACGACAUCGAUGAUGGCAAGUUCUGGGUCGAGGACAAUGACCCGUGGCUAAGACACGUCGCACAUGACGUCCAAAAGAAAUUCAGAACAAAGAGAUCGAUCCGUCAGGGAUAUGUAAAUCUAUUUGCCCGCGUGUGUGACUGUCUAAAUUUGAAUCUUACUCCCACGGUCGAGAAUGUCCUACAAAUUGUUCACCAGCGGAGUGAAUUGCCUCCCGUGACACGCAACUACCUUACUCGAGCCGGCGAUCUUCCCGGCAUAAAGGCUGUCCUCACCUGCAUAUUCCAUGAAGCGCGAAAUCGGGAUGAUCGGACCGGAGACGGUGAAUUUCAAAGAAUGUAUGCUGGCGAGCUCUGUUCCUUGAGUGUCUGUCGCAAUGACCGCGAAUUCGGAUUUGUGGCAAGGACUUGUGGAGUUGAUGUUGGACGGAAGUGA